AUGUUUCUUACCCACCCCUCCCGCUCAAAAUCGUUUUCGUUUCUUCUUCCAUUCUGGCCCCGUCCCCCUCCCCCACCCCCUCCCACACCUCUUCCCACCGUGGCCAAGGCUCCUCCCGCAGCCCACAUCCUAUUAAACUCUCAAGCCCCCCCUCUCUCUUCCAGUCCUGUCUCUCCUUCUGACCCUGCUCCCCACUCUCAUUCUGCGAACAUGAAGCUCGGCCGCAAGGCCAGGAAACCCAGUCGCAUAGGAAUAUCCAAUACCUCCCGACUGAGUGAGGAUCCACAUACCUUGAUGGCCGCGCCUUCCCCUUUUCUCUCCCCCUCACCAUCUCCUUCAGCGACGAGCUUUGCAGAUUCACAGCAUUCCUCUCACUCGUUGUCCGGAAAGAUAUCUCUCAAGCGCAGCCUGACGGCUGGUGGUUCUGCUGUAGUCUCCACCAUCGCGACGGCUGUUGAGCGGGCACGUCCACCUACAUCUCUUUCUCGUCGCCCUUCCACCUCACCAGCCACAAGUGCAUCGCCUUCCUCCCCCAUCCGCUUUGCUCAUCCAGAUCAGGACAGCCCAACACUGUCCGACGCGGACAGAGGCGUUGAUGGAGACUACAUCUCGACCGCGGAGCUUACCCUCUGCCAUCCCAACACCCCGGAGGCUGAUGACAGGCCUCCUGCGAUAGAGACUCCCGUUUCCAGUACAUUCGGACGGACGAGCGGUCCAGAGAAGCUGCAGCUCGACCAUAGUCCCGAGUUUUCCUCUACUCUGAUUAACAUCGACAAGCAGCUGCAACAUAUUUUUGAUGAUGAUUGUCGUGCUCCAUCGUCCCCAGCAGACGCAUCUCAUGUCACCUCGCCGCCAUCAUCUGCGCCGUCGCCGCGACCAUUGCCAUCGCCACCGCCCCCUUUUCCUCUCGUCAAGCUGUCCUCCCCGAAUCCCUCCUCUUCGUCCCUGCUCUCACCUUCAACCAUCUCGCGUCUUAUGCCAACGGUGGUCUCGAAGGAUAGCCUCGAACGACCACUUCCUCAACGUAGUGCAUCGUUGCGCAACAAGAGUCCCGCUACGUUCACCAAGCGACGCCUCAGUCUGGAUAUCCGCACACUCUCAGCCGAGUCGGGCAAAGGUGCUCGACUCCGGAAAGGUCGAUCUAUUCUUCUCGCCAGGAAGGUUUCAGCGGGCACCUUCGAUGGCGACGAUCAGGGUGCAGACGCGAGGGACGCGGAUCGGCUCGGUCUCGGCGCGCCAAUGAGCGACAAGCAACGGGCGCUGAAUGUAAAAAGGGCCAAGAAGAUGAUGCAGCUCUUCGGCGACGAACCUCCCAAGGAACUCUUUCAAGCCACGACGCCUCUAACCGGGGAGGAUGCUUUCGACACCAUUUCCAUUCUGACAACGGUAUCUGAGAAUAGGCGGGAUUCGCGCGCGACAUUUGCCUCGGUCACUUCGAGUACCAUAUCGCUGACUGUCCAUCGUCGCACUGAGGUUGCUCAGGGAGAGCAGAAGAAUCUUGAGCAGGCAGUAUUACUUCAGGAAGAGGCAUUACAGUCUACUGAUGACUUGCCAACCCAUAAGGUCGAAUCAUCGUCAAACACUGAGGAUCCUGGUUUGUAUGCAGAAUCAGACUCUGAGUCUGACACAGAGCUUCCGCCUCUACACCUCGCCCCGUCCGUUCUAGGACACGCUGGUUUUCAUCAGCCUCGACUAAAACCCAGCAUCCAGUCUAUGGCCUCCAUGGCAACUUAUCACUCGCGCACCCAAUCGACCCACUCCCAGGUCCCGCUCACCCCACGCACACCCCCUCAAAUAUCGGAACCGCUCCCAUCGGUCCCCCUCCCACCGCGCACCCCGCCCCCAUUCUCUAGCUAUAUGACACCCACUCCUGAGAACGCACCGGCAGAGCCCGCACAUGAGCAUGAACGGGCGCAGAGCCCUCCACCCGAAGAGUUCCGCGCACGUAGGAUGCGUGCAGCGAAGCUUUCACGCUUCUUCGGUGUUGCGCCGAAUGACCUUGCGGGAGUUCUUGUAGGACCACAUGCGCCCUCGUCGCCCGCGUCGUUGCACGGUUCAAAUGGCAUGCAUGGUAUGACGUCUUCCCAAGACCUGGCGUCCACCGAAUUUCUGCCAAGUUCCACGGCCUCCGACCGCUUAAAUGCUAAGGAGUCGGGGCACGGACGCAAUGCUUCGACUACAGUCGAAGUUGCCGCGGAGGUACCGCGCGUUUUCCGUCUCGGACGGUUGGAAAGGAAGCCGGUACAGGACCUGGAUAUGGCAGACGUCCUCGACCAACUCCGGCGGAUGCGGUGA